AUGGAUUGCUUGAAGUUACUGGAAACUCUUGAUAUAUUUGGCUGCGCUGGUGUUUGCAUAAGUACUGAAAGUUCGCAACUGCUGCAGAAUUCGUUACUCAUUUUGCAGACAGAAAAUCACUUUCAAAAAUGUUAUUAUUGGGGUAGAAUUAAUGGGAUACAAAACGACUAUCAUAUCGCAUAUGGUUUUGAAAAGGAUUGCAUGAACGGUCAAAUAUAUUAUUACAGUAUAGAUUGUAUGACUUGGCUAUUGCUGCCCAAAGCGACAAAAAGUGCACGAUUCUUGAGCCCCCUAGCAAUUAAUCUAUUCGAAGGCGAACCGUCCAUUGUCACAAAUGUUUAUGAUGUUAACCCACCGUUUCCGCCAAAUGAGGAUCCUGAGAUUUAUUAUGACGGUCCCAUGCCGAAGGAAUUGAAAGAGGAGGAUCGUCUUGCGGCCACUGUGGAACUAAUCACGGAAGACGCUGCGAUCAUUCCACGAGGUGCCUGGUUUAAAUGUCCGAAUGGCGACGUAAUCGAGAAUUUGAGUUUCAGCGGUCUCUGUAAGAUAGAUGCCUCAAAUUUGAAAUCCUUUUUGCAUGCCCGUCCCCCGAAGGAGAAGUGGAACGUGAAUUUAUCUUCCCGACCUGAUUACAAUUACGCGUUGGAUUUUUUGGACAGCAUAGAUAUGGAUGUCCCUCAAGAAUGUUGGAAUCUGCAGUUUCUCUUAGGCGAUCGCACAGCCAUUUUACAUAGCUUGUAUUGGCAUGGCAUGACCUUCUUCCAUAAGUUGAACUCCCCACAUCACGGAUUUUUGUAUGUCGGACAUGGGAAAAAGAAUCUAGACCUUCCGUUCAUGAUUUGAUGCGAGAUAAAUGACUAUAAAAGUACAAAAUGUCAUAUGC